AUGCCUCAAUCAUCCGCACCACCGGUACUUUACUCCUACAAAGAUGUACCCUCACUCACUUCCUCUCUCGCCAAUUUCAUCUUGAAAGCUCAGACCGACGCCAUCAAACAUCGAGGCGUGUUCACCAUCGCUUUGUCAGGAGGAUCAUUACCUAACAACCUGAAACCGUUGGUCGAUGUCAAAGAGAUUCAAUGGGAUAAAUGGCAAGUAUUCUUCGCAGAUGAAAGAAUCGUCCCUUUAGAUCAUCCAGAUUCAAACUACGAUGGAUGUGCCAAAGCUUUCUUGGAUCUCGUACCUAUCAAAAAAGAACAAAUACAUACCAUCAACACAGAGUUGUUCAGAGAACAAACGAGAAUCGAUCCCACAGGAGAAAUCAAGAAAGAGGAUGAAGAUGAAGCUGAAAAUGAAGCGAUUGAAAUCGCAGAUGAUUAUGAAAAACAAUUAGUAUCUACUUUUGCAGGUGCAAACGCAGCCAGAUAUCCUACUUUUGAUUUAAUAUUAUUGGGCAUGGGUCCAGAUGGUCAUACUUGUUCUUUAUUCCCCGGACAUGAAUUAUUAGCGGAAAAUGAUAGAUGGGUAGCGGAAAUUCAAGACAGUCCAAAACCACCCAAGAGGAGAAUCACUUUUACAUACCAAGUUCUCAACCACGCUUUCAGAUGCGCUUUCGUUGCUGCAGGUGAAGGUAAACAAGAUAUGCUUUCUCAGAUUUUAGAUAAACCAGAAGAAGGAUUACCUUGUUCUAGAGUAAGACCCGCUUCACCCGGUCUUGUGUUCUGGUUCGUGGACGACGCAGCAGCUGCUAAGUUGAAAUACCCAAAAACAGAGUACAAAUGGAUCGACCAAGCCACAGACGAUGAUCCAAUCUCGCUCGAAAGGCAAAAGAUGAAAAAGGAAAUGGACGCAGCUGUAGAAGCUGCCAAUCACGACUAA